AUGCAAACGUCGAACCGAGACUACUUUUUUCAGACUACGGCACAGCUGGAGAACGCUGAGAGGAAGCGAGAAAAGUCCGAGAACUCGAAUGGGGGUCCCAUCAAGCUGCAGAGCAAGAUACUUGCUAUAGCAGCGGAUCCUACGAGGAGUGAUGCGGUCUUUCUCGCAGAGAGCGCUGGGACUGCCAGACAGCUUAUCCUAGAAACGGGUGAAUCAGCUGCGGUCUAUAAAGGCCCUGCAGCUCCAUUGCCCUCUAUCUGUCUUUCUACGGACGGGAGCACUGUCUACGCAGGCUGCUGGGACAAGUGCAUCUGGAGUUGGGACGUGAAGACCCGUAAGCCUGGCCACAAAUUUACGGGCCACACAGACUUCGUCAAGGCAGUGGUUUAUGUCCAUGCAGAUGGUCGCAGCCUGCUCAUCUCAGGAGGCGCCGACGCAGAGGUCAUUAUCUGGGAUGCCACUGCCGGAACCAGACUACACGUUUUGAAAGGCCAUACCCACGGAAUCCAGUGUCUAGCCGUCGACCCGAUUGCGAGGACGGAAGGCAACCCACUCACUGUAUUUAGCUCAUCCAGCGGGCAGGGAAUUCAUUCUUUCACCGUUCCUGCAAGCCUGAGUGACGCGGUUCUCUCGGACCCCUUCAAGGUGCAUGAAACCAGUAUCUACAAGAUAUUCUUUGACGAGGAUGGGGAUCUAUGGACAGCUUCGGCUGAUAAUAUAGCCCGGUGUCUCACCCGCCAGAGCGGAUGGAAAUCCGAAACGGCGCUGGAACAUCCAGACUAUGUCAAAGAUAUCGUGGUGGAUGAGACCAGAGGGUGGGUCGUCACGGCCUGUCGAGAUGAAGAGGUUCGAGUGUGGAAUCGAGCGACCGGCGAACUGCACCACACGUACUCGGGUCACUUUGAAGAGGUGACUGGGUUGCUUAUUGUGGGGUCAAAGGUCGUCAGCGUCAGCAUCGAUGCUACCGUCCGCCAAUGGCCUCUUGAUCCAAGGGAGAUACAGCUUGCAAAGGCUGCAGAGAAGCAGAAGCCACCAGCCGUCCCGGAACCCGCUCCGGAGUCCAUGCUGACAGAGGAGGAAGAGCGGGAACUCGACGAACUGCUCAACGACAGCAGCUAG